AUGGUUGAAGAAGGAGCAAAGAGAAAGGCAAGCCGGAAACCUGCAGACAGCAGCAAACCUACUCGGCCAUUGCAAAAGCGGCUGAAAGCUUCCGAACCCAAAUCCAAACCGGAACCCGAGCACUUGGUGGAGGAUCCCCGAAAACUGAAAGACCUGUGGAAGACUGCGUUUCCUGUCGGAAAAGGCUGGCACAGGAUGGACUCAGUACACAAAGAGUUCAAGUGGGAUUUCCUUAAUCUCAAACGAGCAUUCGAAGAGAAUGGAAGGCUCAAUCAUGAGGUCAUUGGUAACGAUGGCAACGUAUAUCUGUUCCGCACAACUGAAUGUCAUUUGCAGAGGAAGGAUGAAGUUGUAGUCCCUGUUUUGGUGGCUGUUGUAUCGCCAUACCCGCCUUCGGAUGAGCUGACGAUUAAGCCAGUCGACGGAGCAGAAGUUAGGGUUACAAUGAAAGAAUUGAACAUGGAUUGGAUUCCAUGCAUUCCUCUGUACAAGAGAGAUUCAGACACCCAAGUGAUAAAGUACCCGCAAGUAUUUGUCUUGGGUUGCACGGAGAGGAGAAGCGAUGCUUUGAAGUGCACGAAGGAUGAAAGUUUCGUGAAACUUCCGUACUUCUUUCCGUGUUUGGAUGAUCACAAGGAGGAAGAAGAUGACUGUCGGGCACGAGGAGUGGUGGAUGAAGUUGCCAAGUUCAUCAUAGAGGAGACGAUAGAAGGAGAUGAUGAGUUGCCUCCGAUCGUAAAAGCUGGCUUGAAGGAGUAUGUGGAGGACAAGCUAUUUGAAGCAAAGAGAAAGGGCCGAGAGAACAAAGAUAGUAGCAGUAGUGUUUUUUCUUUUGUUCAAGCGAAUAGUAGACGGGAGAGUUGA